UCAAAAUGGCGAUUCCAGGACCAGGAAUGUCUGCGGGUUCGCUGUCCUCUGUUACCCUGCAGCUGCUGCUGAACCUGACGAGCAUCUACUUCGUCUUCUAUUUCCUCUUCACUCUCAGCCUACUCAUCAAAAAGAGCUUGGAGCUGCCGUAUCCUUCUGAUGCGUUGAUAAGUGAUGUUGGACUACUGCUCCUCUUUGCUGCUCUGGAGUUUCUGCAUUUCUACUGGGGUGUGAGGGGCAAUCUGACGGAGAGUGACAGCUAUAUGUUUGGGAACCUCAUUAUGACAGUAACAACCAUCUUAUUGGCGGUGUACUUCCUGGUGUGGCAGACCUACGUCAUGAGAGCAGAUGUAGUAAUCAGCAGUGUGUUGAUCACUGUCUAUGGUGCUGAUGGAGUCCUGGCUUUAAGCACCCUGGCCAAAUUUAGGAGAGAGUAUUUGUGAGGAAGACUUCACCAUCAUAUAUCCUGCAGCAAACUAGGAAGUUAAUAUUGCACAGAUAGAAAUCAAGAUUUAUGAAAUGAAUUUGUUUUUUGGACAGUUUGAGUGUUUUUAUUGUAAUUUCUUUUCUUUAUUAAACUUUUGUUCUUUUUUAAUUAUUUAAUUCUUACAGGCUAAGUAUGAAAAAAUAUACAAAAUCUGACUUAAAUUAUAAAUUUAUUGAAAUCUAAUUAAUUGUAAGUAUUUAUGUAGCUGAAAGUGGAACAAUAGUAAUAGAAAUGUUGGUUGUGUUCAAAGUAAAGCCCAGGGUUUCUGAUAAGUCAGGAAAAGUCAAAAAUCUGAUUGAAAUCAUUUCUGGGUCUGGAUAAAUGUUGAAACAGGAGAGAAUACAGAAAAUAUUUGCAUUUUCACAUUUAAUUCAUUAUCCCAAGGUCUAUAUCCAUUUUCUGUUCAUUCAUCUAAUCAUUCAUCUGCCUUUGUGUCCCUCUUUCCAGUCUCUUGGUUUGUGGGUUCAAUAUUUUCCCACUGACCACUGUAGAAAUAUCUGCCAUAAAGUCACAGCAUUCUUUGGUUGUUAUGAAUAAAAAAUCUACUUAACUAACUUGGAUCCCUUCUAUUAAAAUGUUACAAACCAUUAGUUUCAAUGUGUUACCUAGUUUGUCCAGCAGAGGGCAGAAUAGUUUUAAAGUGUAAUAAAAUGAAAGAUUUUUAGUACUUAGUUUCUUUUUUUAUUACAGUGCUUGUUUUUAAGUGUUUGAAUGAGGUUUGGUCAUACUUUAGUCAAUGUGAAAAUCCACAGUCUGGACUUUUGCACAGCAAUAACAGCCUAAAUCCAAAACAGUACUGUGAGAUAGCGUGACAUGGCCCAGUAAUAUGAAAUAACAAAGAAUAGCCCUAAUGUUUUUACACGGUGUCCUCUACAACGCCUUCCUGGCUGCAUUUAAUGUCUACCCCAUUUUCAGUGUUUGUCCUUUAUGGCUCCACUUUCCUCAAACAGAUUUCUCAGUACUGACAGCUAAGGUUAAUGAUCAAACCCAGUGACAAGGUUCCUAAAGUAACCACCUUCCAAACAAAUCACAUAUCAGAGUGCUUGUGGUUGAGCAACAGGUGAGCACAGAUAAACACUGACUGUAGGUCGGCCACGCUCUACGCCUGUCCUUGAUACCCCAAGAGGUGCCUUUUUCUUUGUCUUCUUCUGGCUUUUAGUUUAAGCACUAUGACUGUAAUUUGCACUGCAUAAAACCAGCAUUGUGUGGAUGAAUUUCUCUGGAGGGACCAAAGAGAGGUCAUUGUUAGCAAGUGAUACUGAAACCUGGGCAGCGAUCCAUGCAAUCACCCUCAGGAAUCCAGCCAGUUUAGACCAGUCGCUGCCUAGUGUACAAAAGAAGCCUCUGAAUAAUAAAACAAUGCAACACA